UCAGAGCUUAUUCUUUUCUGAACAAACAAGUAACAAUGGCGGAGUUUGGUUACGAACAACUUGUGGAAGCCACCCAAAGUUUCUCUCCGUCGAGGCUGAUCGGGAAAGGCAGUCAUGGAGCGGUCUAUCAAGGCAUUCUUCUAGAUAAUCAAGUGGUUGCCGUGAAGAGGCCAUCGAUCAAUGGCGUCGAGGCGCAACGUGACAACUUGAAGAAGCUGGAUAAUGAAAUAUCCAUAUUGUCAUCUUUAAGUAAAAGUUCUAAUGUCAUCGGCUACCUCGGAGCGAGUCACGGCUCGGCCGAGAAGAACGACAAGCUUCUGGUCAUGGAGUUGAUGCCUAAUGGUUCUUUGCAUGACUUGUUACACGUCGCCGUCACGCCUCCGUCGUGGCCUAAACGUGUGGAAGUCGCUAUGCGAAUCGCGAGGGCGGUUCAGUUUUUACACGAAGGCAAGCCUUUGGUUAUCCAUAGAGAUAUCAAAUCGGAUAAUAUCUUGUUCGAUUCGAACUGGACUGCUAAACUGGCUGAUUUCGGACUCGCGAUCUCGCCGGCGGACUCGUCGAGUCAGGCCUCUCAGCCUGCCGGUACGAUCGGGUACUUGGACCCUUCUUACACUUCCCCUAACGAAUUAAGCACUAAAAACGACGUGUUUAGUUUAGGGGUUGUGUUAUUAGAAAUCAUUAGUUGCAGAAGAGUUAUUGAUCUCACAAAAACACCGGCUUCCAUCGUUGAAUGGGCGGUUCCGUUGGUGAAAAAGCAAAGAAUGGUCAAAAUCUACGACCCCAGGAUUCCAUUUCCGACGUACAUGAUGGAGAGCAUGAUAAGGAGAAUACUGAGCGUGGCGUCACGUUGUUUAUUAGACGACCACGAGCGCCGUCCUCCGAUUGGAGAAAUUGUCGUGGCAAUGGAGACUUGUUCCGUUGAACGAGUCAGACUGGGGAAUAUGACCGCGUGGACAGGCGUUUUAAAUUAUUUGGUUCAACUCAAGAGGCUGCGAAAGGUGAGUAGGAAAUGCAGCAGGGUGGUUUAUUCGACCCAACAAGGUGAUGUGAAUAGCGGUUAUGUUAAUUCGACGGGGAAAGUAGUGUUGCUAAAGGAGAUAUUAGCUGGCAGAUGUUAGAUUGAAAUGAAGUUUUGUUUUUGUGAAGGAUGAGUUGACUCGGUUUGUGAUAUGAGUUGAGGGAGAUGAGUCAAUGGUUUCUGGUUUUGGCUUUGUGGAUAUGGAAUGCAGGUUUUAAUAAUUAAAAAAAAUACAGGCAUU